ACUUUCAACUUAGAUAUUAAUGUUCUAAGAAUUUCAACCAUAUCUUGGAAAGAUAAUCGCAUAUCAUUAUCUUCCUCCAUUUCUUAUCAGAAUGUCUGCCAAUACUGGAUCUGAAAAAGUUCAACGACAAUGUAGUUUUUAUGUUACCAGGAAAAAACGCAAAUGUAGGAUGUUGGUAAAAGAAUCUGAAAUAUACUGUUGCGAACAUCAACCGAUCAAUGAAUCCACAUCGAUAAGUGCUGAUGAGCCUGGGGUCAGAAUUCCUUGUCCUUAUGAUAGAAAACAUACAUGUUAUGCACAUAAGUUGAGGAAACAUCUAAAAAUAUGUAAUUCGAGGCCAAAGGAGAGUCAGCCAUUUAUUGUGAAGGGUAUAAAUUCAGGUUCUCCUGAAAUCAGUGAAAACAAUGAUACAAUUACAUUAUCGAGUACACCGGUUGAAGAAAUAAAAAGCGUAAUUGAGAAAAUGAAUAGAAUAUGCAAAGAAGAAUCAGUGAAUAUAGAAGAGAAGAUAUGUAAACACAAGGUGGUGGAAGAUGAGAUGAUGAACCCUAUUUAUGGAGACAAAACAAAAAAACAUUUAAAGCAAGUUUCUUCAGUAUUAGGUUUACUUUCUGAGUAUGAAUUGCUGAAUCCGAAGACAUGUUAUAUUGAAUUUGGAGCUGGUAGAGGUGCUUUGAGUUACUGGAUUUCAAAAGCAACCACUGAUGAAACAAACAUUCUUCUUAUAGAGAAAGCUUCACCAAAACAUAAAAAAGAUAACAAACUGGAUAAAACUUCAGAUAAUGUUCAGAGAGUUAGGGCGGAUAUAAGUGAUCUGGUUCUAGAUGAGUUGGAACUUGUGAAUAAAUCUGAACAUAUAGUUGGAGUAACUAAACACCUAUGUGGUGCAGCUACAGAUUUCACAAUAAGAUGUUUGGCUCAUUCAACGAAAAACAAACAAAAACUGCUUGGUUUUCUUAUGACCUUUUGCUGUCACCACAGAUGCACAUGGUCCUCUUUCACUGGAAGGGAGUAUUUCGAAAAACUAGGUCUAACAGAAAAUGACUUCAGAAUUAUGUGUGGCUUGGUUAGUUGGGCUACUUGCGGCACGGGUCUUAGUAGAGAAAGGAGAGAGGAAUUAUCCAAAAAAUCUCCAGAAGAAUUGGAAAAAGACGAAAAAAGUCUUCUAGGACUUAGUGUACAGGAAAAGGAACAAAUAGGACUUAAGUGCAAAAACCUUAUGAAUUGGGGACGGUUGCAAUUUAUAAAGGAUAUUGGUUUCAACUGUGCAUUGCAUUAUUAUGUAAAGUGUGAAGUAACUCCUGAAAAUGUUUGUAUAGUGGCAACAAAUAAAGAUUUUAAAAAUUGA